ACGUCGUUUUUGAUGCUCUUGUUCCAGUUGCCGAGAAAUACGAGUUUUUCGGCAUACAAAUAGGGGUGGAAAUGGAUGAAAUAGAGAAAAUCCAAAUGCAGUACACUGAUCCGAAUCGAUGUCUGCUAAGAAUAUUACGCAUUCGCUUGAAGCAGAUCCCGGCGCUCACGUGGAAUGAUAUUGACAGAGCUCUCAGGUCGAGAAGUGUUGGUGAGAGUAGGUUAGCUAACGCUAUAAGGAAAGACCUGCCCAGUCACGAUUCUAGCUUAGGAACAGCGUUAGACCAAGAACCUCCAAGAAAGGGAUCAGAAAAAGUUGAAAGAAAACCGAAAUCUACAAAGAAAGAAAAGCACGUAAGGGAGGGUCGCACCCAGAAAGUAAGGAAUGAACAAGAGCGAGAUUCAGAUGAGGAGGUAAGGGAAAAAGAAUACCAGAAAAACUCAGAGCAAACCACAGGAGAUGAAUAUGCUUCUGAGAGUGAAACUGAAGUGAAAAGAGAAACAACAAAAACCAAAGGGUCUCAAAGUGAAUAUGGAAAGCAAAAAAGGGACCAGCAAUGUAUGGCAAGUGAUACUGGUAACCGACACAAGAGCAGUGAAAGAGAUGCUCAAAAACGGAAGCAAAAAGUGUCAAAAAAGAGUGAAAUUCAAUCGUCUUCAAUAUGCGGUGAAGAUGAAAUGGUAAGUUACAGAGGAAAAGCUGGCAAGUCACAAACAGCAAAAGAAAUGCAUAGCAAGGAAGCUGAUCGUCAAAAAAGAAAAGCUACGGCUGAAAGAGCUCAUGUAGCAGAAGAGCAGUAUUCAGAAGAGGAACGUCAUACCCAUAAAGUAAGAAAUAAGCAAGAGCUGGAUUCAGAUGAGGAGGUAAGUGAAUCGCCACAAAUUAAAUCAUUUACCAGUGAAACUGUGCUAAAAAGGACUCAACGAAAAGUCAAAAUUAAAAAGAAGCCUUCUGAACCAGAAAGGGAAUACAAGAGAGAUAUGAAACAAGAAGGAAAAGCCGAACAUGAAGCAAAAAGUGAAAGUAAAGUCCAACUAAAAGGAAGGGAAAGAAGUAGUCAAGUACGCAAAGAAUUAUCAGAGCAAAGAGCACAAAAAGAAGUGCCAAAAGAGUCUGAAAGUGAAUCUUCUGCAUCAAGUAGUGAAGAAAUAGUAAAAGCAAACAAAUCUGAAACACAUUCAGAAGAUUCCUCAGAACAAGAGCAAAAUUCGGAUGAGGAG